AUGCAAACAGAAGAUAUAUCCUACAGUCCAGAAAACCCAUAUAUCUCAGAUAUGGUCACAGAACAAGAUGGACCAAACACUAAUAUACCAAAUCCUAAUUACUCAAAAGAAAAUGACUCAAUCAAUACUAUAGAUGAUCAGGAUGUAACUUUUGAGGAAAACACAACUA